AUCGAAAGCCAAACUUUCGGAGUCUAAAACGUACCAACUUGUUCUGUCUUUAUGGUCUAAAGUCCAAAAUUUGACGCUUCAAAGUCUCCAGUUCAAAGUUUUAAAAACAAGCAAAGCAAAAGACAGAAAGAGCAAAAGAAAAGGUUUCAAGCCUCCAAUAUCAGUUGUAUUUUUGACUGUUUUUUUUAGCCAAUAUAAUACUUCAUUGAGAUUCCAUUUUUGGAUGUCCUAAAUAAUUGGGGGAUACUACAAGUUUUAGUUACGGCUCUUAACAGAGUGAAGAGAGGAAGAAAGAAAGAGAGAUGGGUACCUUUGUUCCUCUCCUACCUUCAAAUCCAAAACCCUCUGUUCUUGAACAGAAUCGUCCUCUGUUUCCUUCCAGAAGAAAAGUCAAGAAGAAGAGCAUGUCUAUUAGUCCUGUGGCCAGAUUAUUUGGGCCAUCGAUUUUUGAAGCAUCAAAGCUUAAGGUGUUGUUUGUAGGGGUUGAUGAAAAGAAGCAUCCUGCAAAGCUACCGAGGACUUAUACACUAACACAUAGUGAUAUUACUGCUAGGCUUACUUUGGCUAUCUCACAAACAAUAAAUAAUUCUCAGUUGCAAGGAUGGGCGAACAAGUUGUACAGAGAUGAAGUGGUUGCAGAAUGGAAGAAAGUGAAGGGAAAGAUGUCUCUUCACGUUCACUGUCAUAUAAGUGGAGGCCAUUUUUUAUUAGAUUUAUGUGCUAAGCUUAGAUAUUUCAUCUUCUGCAAAGAACUCCCUGUGGUUUUGAAGGCGUUUGUCCAUGGAGAUGGGAAUUUAUUCAACUUCUACCCAGAAUUACAGGAGGCAUUGGUUUGGGUUUAUUUCCAUUCAAACAUUCCAGAAUUCAACAGAGCAGAGUGCUGGGGUCCAAUAAAGGAUGCAAGAAGGCCAUCUUCUUGUGGGGACAAUGGGUCCCAUGAAAACAGCCAGCAGGCAACCCCAGCAAGUAAUUGGGACUUACCAGAGCAAUGCAACGACAACUGUGAAUGUUGUUUUCCACCAAUCAGCCUAAUUCCAUGGUCACAAGAACCCCACAUGACUACUGCUACUGAAAAAUAUUCAGGGCAACCAUCAGAUCUUUCAAAAAGCACCUUGCAACCCUAAAAAUUGUCUGUCCAGUGUCCACUGUUACUAUUACUAGUGCUAGUACUACCUGAUUGUUUAAUUGUAUUUUCUACUGUAUAUAAUAAUCUAUAAAGCCUGAACUGUGAAUAUGUAUUACACACAGCAUAGGGAACUCUUGUUUUUAUUUUUUAUUUAUGGGGAUUUUUCUUUUAUUGUAGAAUGACUAUUGAACUUAUGGUUUUAACAAA